AUGGCUUCAAAACCUUUUGGCGUCACCGUCCACCCAUUCACUUCUCCAACGCCUUCGGCCUGCGCGUACGAGCGCGGCAACACUUCCUCUCGCAAUGCGUUGGUAUACAUCGAUGGCUUGACUGGCGGUCCACAUAGAGCUCGGCAUCUCAAUCCUCUUAUCGAAGCUCUCCAGGCAGAUUCAGAGUUGAGUUACUCAUUCUGGGAGUUCCGCAUGCGCAGCUCCUAUACAGGCUUCGGAUUUUCCAGUCUCGCGAACGAUGUCGAAGACAUCUCGGCACUUGUAACACAUCUGCGAGAACUGGGCAAGGAGAAUAUUGUGUUAUUGGGAAGCUCGACUGGAUGCCAGGGUAUUCUUACAUACGUCUCGUCUGAUGCAUCCACACCCGUCAACGCAUAUAUUCUUCAAGCACCAACCUCCGACCGCGAACUAGGCAGUCUUCUCAUGCCAGCAGAUUUCCUAGCACAGACUCUCAAACACGCAGAAGAAAUGAUCGCUCGUGGAGAGAAAGACGAGAUCAUGCCCAAGUCACUGAUUCCGCCGAUCUUCUCCUCGCCCGUCACAGCAUACCGAUGGCACUCACUUAUCGCCAAGGGCGGAGAUGAUGACUUCUUCUCAUCGGAUCUUGCUGAUGAAGCCCUCGUUGUGACGUUUGGGAAGUUGGACAAGCCCACGUUGAUCAUUCCUUCGGAGAACGAUGAGAUGGUUCCGCCAACUGUGGACAAGAAGACGUUGCUGCAGCGCUGGAUUAAGGUGGCGCCAGAGGGUAUGGUGAGUGAACUUUCGGGGCUCAAUCCCGGUGCGGAUCAUCAAUUGAGUGAGGAGGGUACGCAGUUGUGGUUCACGGAUAGGGUGUUGAGGUUUUUAAAGACAUUGAAUUAG